GCCCCGCCCACAGCGUUUCCUUGUCGACAACCGAAGUAGGGGUAGAAGGGAUCAAAACUUGUCAGCACGCGCAUCCCGCCCGGAGAAGUGGGGCAAGCCCCGAGUUUUGCCUUUAUUUCUUGGAGAGGAUUAAUUCUGUCCUGUUUUCUAUAAUCGUCUAGGACACCCGUCAGCGGCAUCAACAGAAAAGACGCCGAGAUAAAGAAAGAUGCCUCUUCUUCAUAAGAAGCCGUUCGUCAGACAGAAACCUCCAGCUGAUCUCAAGCCAGACGAAGAAGUGUUUCUUUGUAAAGUCACUCAGGAAAUAUUCAGGACGUACGAUGAAUUUUUUGAAAGAACCAUACUCUGUAACAGUCUGGUGUGGAGUUGUGCAUUGACUGGCAAACCUGGUCUAACCUACCAGGAGGCCUUGGAAAGUGAGAAGAAGGCCAAACUUAAUCUGAAGAGCUUUCCCAAAGCUUUACUCUUGCCUCUCUUGCACCUUACUGCACUCACCCAACGCACACGGCUUCGUGAGAUAUGCGACGACGUCUGUGCUUUCAUCAAAGAGCGUUUCUUUCCAGGGGAGAUGGUUGACAUAAGUCGCUCUGGUGGAAGACAACCUUGCCAGAUCUUGGAGGUCAUUCCACCUCAUUCCAACGGGACACUUAACGGUCAUGCCAAGCAUUGUACAGAGGAUGACUCCAUCAUCAUCAGUGACAGUGAUGAUGAAAUUAUUUUCACGUCACCCAUGUCCCCCAAAACAACACCCAGUGGCAGGAAGUGGAAGGCCAUCAACCCAUCCAUGUUUAUGUAUAAGGUUCAACCUCUCAGUCCAGAGUCUAGUGAAUCCACUAUUGUGAAAUCGUCACAGAUUGUUCGAAAGAAGAAUGUGUUCACACGAGACAGACUAAAACUCCUCCUUAAACAACAUUGUGAACCAGUAAAUGGGACCAUCAGACUCAAACCAUCAACCAUUGCAACAUAUAAACUGUCAGAACAAAGUUUCUCCCACUUCUUCCCCGAUGAAGCCCCGGUUUUUGACUUUAGUCCUCCUGGAAGGGCCAAAGGUCGACCUAACAGUAAUGCAUCUCCUGUGCAGGGCGCGAAUGCAAUGCGAGCUGCAGAAGAAAAACUGAAACUCAUGCAACACAAAGACGAAAUGAUGACAACGUCACACGAAAAGACAAAAAUGAAGAGAGAGAGAGAAGAUUUGUUGGAAGCUAAGAGGAAGGAGAAGGAGGACAAAGAAAGAAGGAAAGAGGAAAUUAAGAAAAUGCUUGAGGAAGAAAAACAGAAAAGGAAAGAGGAAAAAGAACGAAUGAAGAUUGAGAAAGAGCGGGAGCGAGAAAAGUUAAAGGAGGAAAAGAAGAAAUAUGCUGAGCGACUGAAGUUGUGGAGUAAGCCCCGAGAAGACAUGGAGUGUGAUGACCUCAAGGAGCUUCCAACACCAGUGCCAGUGAAGACGCGUUUGCCUCCAGAGCUUUUUGGAGAUGCACUGAUGGUGCUGGAAUUUCUGAAGGCAUUUGGAGAGCUUUUUGACCUUAAUGAUGAAUUUCCUGAAGGCAUCACGCUAGAGAUUUUAGAGGAGGCUCUUAUAAGCUGUGAUCCUGAGGGGCCACUGUGCGAGCUCCUGUUCUUUUUCUUGUCUGCAAUUUUCCAGGCCCAGGAUGAAGAGCAGGAGGAGGUAGCUAAAGAGCAAGUGGCCGAGGCUGAUGCAAAAGAUCUGAGUGAGGUGCUGGAUGAUGAUGCUGACCCCACACAGUCUGCUAUUAGUGCUGUGGCCUCACUGGCUGCUGCCUGGCCUCAGCUCCAUCAAGGCUGCAGUCUAAAACAACUGGAUCUGGACAGCUGUACACUCUCUGAGAUUCUGAGACUGCAUGUCUUGGCCUCAGGGGCAGAGUGUAAUUACACCAACGCAAAAUUCCGCUACCAGAAACAAGGGGGCUUUGGCUCAACUGAUGACCCUUGUGUGGAGCUGCGCCUCUCUGCCCCCAGCCUGCUCAAGAAGCUGUCCUGCACUGCUGUUUAUGAUUUGCUGCCGGGUGAGAAGUUGAAGCUCCUGCAUGCUCUGUGCGGGAAGCUGCUGACUCUGAUCUCCACUCGAGACUUUAUUGAGGAUUGUGCUGAUGAGCAACGAGCUGCCAAGAUGGAGCUCCGUGAACUCAAAGCUGAGCAGCACCGCAGAGAGAGGGAGGAAGCUGCUAACAGAGUUCGUAAAAGAAAGGAGGAGAAGCUAAGAGAGCAGGAACAGAAACUUAAAGAGAAACAUGAAAAACUCAAAGAAGAGGAAGUGAGAAAUGGCAAUCAUACUGCAGGAGAUGAGAUGGACACUAGUACAGAGAGCCAGGAAGGUCAUGCAGACCAGACAGAGGAUGAAGGGGAGCAUGUACAGCAUGGCAAAUCUAACAAAGCUAAUGGCAGCACUACAAAAGGGAAGCCAGCAAGUGAGGAAGAGUUGAAAAUUGGCCCCAGCCCAGAGGAGCUACAACAACAGCAACUGAAGGAGAAGGAGUUAUUAGAGCGCAUUCACAAAGCUGCAAUGUGUACAUAUAUUCUGCCACUGGGCCGUGACCGCUUUUAUCGCCGUUACUGGCUUUUCCCCUCAGCUGGAGCACUUUUUGUGGAGGAUGAUUUUUUUGGCCUGACUGAGGAUAUGCUGGAGCCUCGACCUGUCCCGGAGACUAAAACAGAAGAUCUCUCUACCCAAAGUCCUGUGAAGACUGAAGAGCACAGGUCGUACCAGAGCACUUUGAUCCCAGUCAACCGGCCCAAUCAAUGGGCCUUUUAUUGCACAACUGCUGAGCUGCAGCAACUGAUUGAGGCACUGAAUUCACGCGGACAUAGGGAAAGCGCGCUUAAAGAGACUCUGGUGCAGGAGAAGGAGCGCAUCAAUCAGCUGCUCAGCAGUACUGCUGUAGAGCGAUACCACCACUCAGAUUUGUGGUGUAAUUCUGCAGAUAAAUCACCAUCAGAGACCAAAGGGAGUACUGUGAAGUUGAAAAACGGCUCCUCUCAACUCGAAAGCACUGUACCUGCUGAGCGCCGAAUGGAGAAUCGUCUCAGGGAUCUGCUGCUGGACAUUGAGGACCGUAUCUAUCAGGGAACUCUGGGUUCAGUUAAGGUGAUGGAACGAGGUGCAUUGAGAGCAGCACUGGAAAGCGGAAACUAUGGUCUGCUGGUUUCUGAGGGCAAAGAUACUUGUCUAGUCAAUGGUGAGGAGGAGGCCACGGAGAUGGAGGAGAAUCAUGUCAGAGUCAAAGACAGGUUGCAGGAAUUGAAGAGUGAGAGCCAGAGUGCAUCAUCCACCAGUGCUAGCACACCUCAGCCUGUAAACAACAAUGUGCAUUACCUUGCACGGGCCCUUGCUCAGAUAGAGCAGGGUAUUGAGCGAAAAUUUCUUAAAGCUCCACUGGGUGAUGAGGAAAGUAAAAAAGACCAGAAAACAAAGAAAAAAGAGAAGAAGAAAGAUGAUGAACAGUCCAGUGAGAAGGAUGAUGGAAGUGAAUGUGGGCGACCGGUGAAGACUGUGCUGGAGCGCUGGCGAGAAUCUCUUCUGACCUGCUCUAGCCUCUCACAGCUUUUCCUACAUCUGUCAACACUGGAGCGCAGUGUGCUCUGGGCAAAGUCCAUCCUGAACGCCCGCUGUAAGGUAUGCCGCAGGAAGGGAGAUAGUGAGAACAUGCUGCUUUGUGACGGGUGUGACCGAGGCCAUCACAUCUUCUGCGUGCGCCCGAAGCUAAAGGCUGUUCCCAGUGAAGACUGGUUCUGCCCAGAGUGUCGUCCCAAACAACGCUCUCACCGCAUAAAUUCUCGCCAGCGCUCCUCCAUUGAUUCUGAGGAGGAACUGGAAGAAGAGGAAUCUGAAGAAGAGGUAGAAGAAUCUGAGGAGGAGGAAGAGGAAGAGGAGGAAGAGUUGGAAGAUGAGGAGUCGGAAGAGGAAGAGAAGGAAAGUGGCUCCAAGAAGGCUGCGGUGAAGCUUCCUCUACAGAUUUCUAAAGGUGUCCGAUCGAGCAGUAGAUCCAGACAAGCUGAAUCAAAUCAUUCCGCACCACAGAGCCAGCAAAACACACCCAAACAGACCAACUCCUCCGUUAAAGGAGGCUCUAAAAGCACAGGGAAGAAAGCCACUCCAGUGUCCAAUGGCAGGCCCCCUCCUCGAGCUGGAAGCCGCUGCAGUGCUCGUCUCAGCUUAGAGGUGCUAAACACCAAUGGCACCACAAACAAAAGCAGCUCUCACCCGAGUCCUGCAGCUCACACGGAGUCCAGGAAAAGACCCAGCACAGCAGAGGUCUCACCUAAAAAUAAGAUGUCCUUGGCCCCCAGCAACUCUUCCUCUAGUCGCCGCUGCUCAGGGAGAAAUCUUGGUGUUCAUGAGCUGUCAGUGUGUGAACAGCUCACUGUAGAUCUUGUUAGACAUGAGGAUAGCUGGCCCUUCAUGAAACUGGUGUCUAGAACUCAGGUACCCGAUUACUAUGAUAUCAUCAAAAAACCUAUUGCUUUGAGUAUCAUACGAGAAAAGGUGAACAACUGCGAAUACAAAACUGCAUCGGAGUAUAUUAAUGAUGUGGAACUGAUGUUUUCCAACUGCCUUGAGUACAACCCUCGUAACACUGGUGAGGCCAAGGCUGGCACCAGGCUUCAAGCUUUCUUCCACUCUGAGAUACAGAGACUCGGCCUGGCUGAGCGAACGAGCCCUCCACAGAAACGAUCCCGAAUGUAAACCCAGACUUAUUUCACUGGAACGUCAUGCACACAACAGACAAACAAGAGACUCCAUUUAUGAUUUGGAAGAACAUAUGGGAUGCAAGAAGGCAUUGUGGCUUUGCCUAAUGUGUUGCAGGACAAGCCUGCACUGUGAAAAAUAUUUGCACUGUUUUUUGAAAUUCCGCUUUGUUCACUGAUUAGGGGCAAAAAAACUUUCUAAAUGGUGCAUUUGUAUUUUAUAUCUUGACUGAGUUUAGACUACUGUGUAUAGAUUUCAUAACAUAAUUCAUAUGUAUUGAUAAACUAAGUGUUGCAACUUAAGGAACAAAUAGCAUUUCUGUUUUUUGUAGUUGUGAAAAUAGUAAAAUAAAUAAAACUAUUUGUUUCAGUAAGUUCCCUGUAGCUUGGUUAAACACUACAUAGGGACUAAGACCUGCUUCUUUUUUCCUGUUAUACUAUCCACAAUAUUUAUUUUAGUUUGGGGUAUACUUUGGAAUUUGCUUAAUUUAUUAAUAUGGUUUGUGUUUGCUUUUUCUUAGAUUGUGGUUGUGUACACUUACUACCAGCAAACAGUACUGCAAACAAUAGAAACCUUGGUGAAAGGCUGUUUUCCUCUCAGAUAGUUAUUUUCCUAGCUGUUCUGUAUAUUUUCUAUAAUAUAAAUAAAUUUCCUUUGUAAAAAAAUCUCUGAGUUUGUGUACAUAAUCUGCUAUGGAGUCUUAGUCAAAGGCUUGAAUUUGAGGGGUGGAAAUUGUCAUUGACUAUCCAGGGUCAGCCUUUCAUGUAGAAAGGUGUUUCAAAAGCCUUGAUAAACCAUUUUCAAGGGCAGGGCAACAGACUGCAUCAAAACUAAUAAUGUUUGCCAAAUCAUAGUAUGUUUAUAUUUGGGCACAACCACAUUUAUUGUUUCUGCAUAUGGUGCAGUAUUUGGAGUAGAAUUAAAUUCAUUACAUUUUGUUCUUAUAGAAUAAGUGUUUUUUGUGUGGAUGUAGUCUUUUUUUUUUUCUCUCUCCACUGUAUGGGUUUAAUUUGUAUAGUAGUAAAUGGCUUACAUUAAAGUGUACUUUCUGGUG